UCGCAACUGCUGCUUCCAGUAGAAUCUGAAAAGAGCAAGAACCUUUCUUCAACCUUCCACAAUCAACAAUUUUCAUUAUCUCUCUUUAAAAAAAGUGGAAAUCUUCCUUAUUUCAUCUUCCUCGAUGACGGUGAAAGAUAAAUAUUCAUGGGUUUAUUAUAUAUCUUACUAACGUGAUCUCCCCGGCAUCUAUCGUUCCUUUCCCAUUAAGUUCAAUUCACAAACCCCAGCCUCUAUGGUCAACAUGCAGAUGUUCAACAUUCCCAAAUAAUAAAUUUCUGUAGCCAUUAAUGUUCAUUUACUGAUACAAGAUGAAGAACGAAGAACAAGCUCGAUCCCUCUUUGGAAUCUCUCUCACUGAUAAACCCGUUUGGAAGCAAUUUCUCAUCUGUUCUUCUGGAUUCUUCUUUGGUUAUCUUGUUAAUGGCGUCUGCGAGGAAUAUGUAUACAACAGGUUACAUUUCAGCUAUGGAUGGUAUUUCACAUUUGUUCAAGGAUGGGUUUAUGUUGUAUUGAUCUAUCUACAAGGCUUCACUACAAAGCAAAUGGUGAAUCCAUGGAAGAUGUAUGUGAAGCUUUCUGCUGUUCUUAUGGGUUCACAUGGUCUUACUAAAGGAUCUUUGGCUUUUCUGAAUUACCCUGCUCAACUCAUGUUCAAAUCUACCAAGGUUCUACCGGUUAUGAUUAUGGGUGCAUUCAUUCCUGGUUUACGAAGGAAAUACCCGCCUCAUGAAUACAUCUCAGCUGUACUCUUGGUUAUCGGUUUGAUCCUUUUCACUUUAGCUGAUGCACAAACUUCGCCUAAUUUUAGCAUAAUUGGUGUUGUUAUGGUUUCUGGUGCUCUAAUUAUGGAUUCCUUCCUUGGUAAUUUUCAAGAAGCCAUUUUUACCAUGAACCCCGAAACAACACAGAUGGAGAUGCUCUUUUGCUCGACUAUAGUCGGAAUGCCAUUCUUGAUCCCACCCAUGAUUCUUACGGGAGAAUUAUUUAAAGCUUGGAAUUCAUGUUAUCAGCAUCCUUAUGUAUACGGGGUGUUGGUGUUUGAAGCAAUGGCUACGUUUAUUGGUCAAGUUUCCGUCCUUUCACUUAUCGCGAUUUUUGGCGCUGCAACCACUGCCAUGGUGACCACUGCAAGGAAGGCGGUUACAUUGCUACUUUCGUAUAUAAUAUUUACGAAACCAUUAACAGAGCAACAUGGAACGGGGCUUAUACUUAUAGCAAUGGGGAUAGUACUCAAGCUUUUACCGGAAAACAAGACAUCAUCAAGAAGAGCUUCUCCUUCGGCACGGCCAUUGGCGAGAAUUGAGAACAAAGUUGAAAGAGAGGAGGAGGAAGAAGAUGAAGAGAAGAGGGCCUUAGUUUGAAAAUAAAGAAUGCAUUAUUGUAUUGUCUUAUUAAAUAUGUUAUCUUUUCAUUGUCAUAAGUUUUAUGUUGAACUAUAUAUAGUAUAAAUGUUAAAUUAUUUGAAAGUUUUCUUGUCAAUUUGUUAUGUACUAUGUAGAAUGAAGUUGGUGAAAAGGGGGUUGAUUUUGUUUUA